AUGAUAGUGUGUGGUGACUGGAGAGGUACUGAAGCUGUGCUAACUUGCAGUUGUUUAUGUUUGAUAUCCCUGAAGCACACACGUUAUAUUAGUUCUGUUGCAGAAAUGCCGUCUAACGUGGAGAUAAAAGCGCGGUUACGGCAUCUCGAUCACGUGACUAAGCGCGCGCGAGAGCUGAGCGGCUCGGACGGUACCAUCAUCAUGCAGCACGAUACAUUUUUCAAUACAGAAAAGGGGGGUCGCCUCAAACUGAGGAAAUUCUUAGAUGGAAGUGGACAGCUGAUAUUCUAUGAGAGACCAGACAUGGGUGGCCCCAAACUGUCUAACUACUCCAUCAGCAACACGAAUGAUGCAGACGGCCUCAUUAAGGUCUUGUCAGAUGCUUUGGGACAGGUGGGUCAGGUUAAGAAGAAGAGAAAUCUGUACUUGGUGGGUCAGACCCGAGUGCAUGUGGACUCUGUGGAAGGACUCGGAGAUUUCAUGGAGCUUGAGGUUGUUAUGAAGGAAGACCAGAGCACAGAAGAAGGAGUCGCCAUUGCCAACCAGCUGAUGCAAGACUUGGGUGUGAAAGAGGAAGACCUGAUUGAAGGAGCAUAUAUGGACCUUCUACUUUCAAACGUCCAUAAAAAUGGAUGUUAACACUUGUACAUUAGCAUUACAUUGUGUUCUUCAAAGCUUUUUGACUACAUGAAUAAUUUUUCUGAAAGUUGUAGAUCACUUUUUGAUAGUUAUUUAAAAGUCUUACUUAUGAGAUGUAUUGUAGUGCCUUUUUACCAAUGAGUUAAAAUAUAAGUUAUGUUAGAUGGCACUGACAUUUUUCACACCUGCACAUAGACUUACAGCAUAUACAGUUCAAGACCAUAUAGAAUUUUUCCUGUGGACAGUCCUUGCUUCUGAUCACUGACUGAGGGGUUUCUCGUAUUCCCCCUGUUUUUAUGGUCAUUUACUGUAGGUAAAUACUUUAGGUUUUCUCUCAGCUCCCAAAAAUGUGCAGCAUUUGAACUAGUUACAUUUAAUUGCAAUUAGGUGUCUGUCACUGUGCUAUGAAUUCCUGUCCUGC